AAAUAUCGUGUUGACAGUCGGCGUUUUAUGUAUGUGUUGUAUGUGUAAACUUUGUGGUAUAGUUUUGGUGCGUGAGGAAUACCAUGGGCAUACAAGGACUAAUUCCGUUCUUGAAAAAGUGUACCAGAUCCGCCCACAUAUCUCAUUUUUCUGGGCAAUGUGUCGCUAUUGACGCUUAUUGCUGGCUCCAUAAAGGUGCUUAUGCAUGUGUAGAAAAGCUUGCAAGAGGCGAACCCUGCGAUGCGUAUGUGACUUAUUGUAUGAAGCUUGUAAACAUGUUGUUAUCACAUAAUAUAAAGCCAAUUCUUGUAUUUGAUGGGCGCCAUUUGCCAGCAAAAGCAAAAACUGAACUCAAACGACGUGAAUCACGACAACAGAGCCGUGCUCGGGCAGCAGAACUACUUAGAGCGGGUAGAACAGAAGAAGCAAGGAAUUAUUUGCGUCGUAGUAUUGAUAUAACACACAAUAUGGCAGUUGACCUUAUGCGUGAAUGUAGGGCCAAGAAUGUGGACUGUAUUGUUGCUCCUUAUGAAGCAGAUGCACAACUAGCAUAUCUGAACUUAAAAAAUAUCGCUCAGGUUGUGAUAACAGAAGAUUCAGAUCUGGUUCUGUUUGGGUGUAAUAUGGUUAUGUUCAAGAUGGAUGUAAGUGGAAAUGGACUACUUGUAGAAAAAGAAAAAUUGCAUUUAGCAAUGGGAUCAAACCCAGAGAAUUUUGAGUUUGAUAAAUUUAGGCACAUGUGCAUAUUGUCUGGUUGUGAUUAUUUACCUUCUUUGCCUGGUAUAGGACUUGCUAAAGCUUUAAAAUUUGUAACAAAGACAGCUGAUCCUGACAUACAUAGGGCAUUAAGGCGGUUACCUCUUCAUCUCAACAUGCACAAUCUGUCUGUUUCUAAUGAAUACCGCGACGAGUUUGUUCAAGCAGUUGCAACUUUCAAGUAUCAAUUAGUUUAUGACCCCAUGACUCGAAAGUUAGUGCCACUGAACGAGCCUCCAGCUGGAUAUGAGCACAAUAGCUAUGUUGGUGAAAUGAUGCCUGAUGACAUUGCUUUUCAGUUGGCUCUUGGAAAUUUAGACCCAUUCACUUUGAAACCAGUGGAUGAUUUUAACCCAGACAGGAUACAGAAGCAUUCAUUUUCCACUAGACAGCCAGCAGAUAAAAGUCAGCCCAGCAUCUGGACAUCUGCUUCUGUUUUGAGCAUCAAUGAAUUGCUGCCAGUGCAAACUAAGAAAACAGAUACACAAGUGAAACCCAAAAGGAUUGUUAUAACUGAUACAGGAAAGGAUAUACAUACGUCAGGAGAGCUGCAGGCCUUAUAUGGCGCAAAGAAAUUGAAUGCAUCACCUCGUUUAAAGGACGAUUCAGAGAUAAUAGAUGAUGACAGAUCAUCUGAAGAAGAGCCUCAUCCGAAGAAGCAGUGUAUUGAUGAUAGCCAGAAAGAGAAUCAUUGUAUAUCACCGCGGAGAAAACCUAAACUCCCUGAUGCUCUUUCACCUGUUUUGACUCAAAGAAAGGCACGAAAUCCUUUUGCUUUGAGCAUUAACAGAGAACAAAUUCAAAAUAUCUGCAACAUUGAAAGGGAAGUCAUAUCCUGUAAAAGGAUUAAAUUAUUUAAAAAAAAUGUGGAAGCUGGUGUCCAAGUUAUAAGAAGCAGGUAUUUUACGUCCAACAAUCUUGACUGUAAUAGUGAUACGACUGAAACUGCACAGAAAGACUCAUCUGAAGAUAAAAACAAUCCACCAUCUGACAGUGUCCUGCAGUUUUAUUCAGCAGUGAGUGAGAAAUCUCUGUGUACAGAUGAGCGGGGGAAACUAAGUGAUGUUUCGGAUCCAGUGGAGAUGAGCAACUCUGCUUUUUUUGCCUUGAAAAGCAGAGAAAUGGUCCAGUGUGAUGUUGACUCAGAGGAUUCUUUAACUCAGCCCAGCAGUCAGUUUACAUCCCAGUCAAGUAAUUUAGAAACUCAGGCAUCCCAGCGUAGUAACUCAGAAACUCAGUUCGAUAGUGGAACAGGCACAAACAGUAGCAUGUCAGAAGAACUUGAGAAACCCUUCAAACUGAUUGGAAUGCAUGACAGCUUAUCAGGAGAAAUUGAUGACUCGAUGAAAACAAAGAGGACUUGUGAAGUUACAGGUAGUAAAUUAUUGACAGAUGCGACAACCCCCAUGGUACAGAAGACCCCCUUUACAUCAGUAUUUAAGUGGAGAAAAGUAGAUACAGAGAUCAUGGGAAACAAAAUACCUGACGUAAGCGAAACAUUAAGAGAAAACGAUGGGACAACGAUGUCUGAUCAGCACAUCAGCAAGGACAACAAAACUUCUUCAUCCAAUGAAGAUGUUGCUUGUUUUAAUGUGGACCAGCAUUCUCAAUUGAAGUCCCAGAAAGUUCAGUAUGAGGGCGUAAUUUCCAGUGUUAAAAAAUCACCUGCCCUGCGUCCAUUGUCAAGGAGCAUUGGCAGUUGUCGGAAGCAAGGGCUGAACAAGAAGGAUCGACCAAGGGAAAAAUCCCUGCUCCAGCAGAAUCUUCUAACCUUGUUUGCAUGUCAAAAGGAGAAACAGCUGUAAUGUGCAUUUAUCAUAUUUCGUGGUGGAAUCUACGUGAAAAACUAUUAUUUCAAGAUCCUGGUACCAUCAAAUUGCUGUACAGUUACUUUUAUUGUAUCUUUGUGUUUAAUCAUGUUUGUAAUUUUGUGUAUUGACUUUUCACUAUUGCAGUAUUGUUGUAGUGUCUACUUUAUAAUUUACAUUUUUUAUGUGUGGUAGUGUGAAAUGAUGGUCACUUACUUGUUUGCUAUUAUUGCUAUGUUCCUAUACAAGAUUGGGUAGCAUAAGUAAAUAUGUUCUUUCCUAAGUAUUUGUGUUCAUGGCAGCGUGAGUAAAUAUUUCAAAUACAGUGUUAUAGCACUUGUCUCAGUACAGCAUAGGGAAAAAAAUGUGAGAGUCACACCAAUGUAGAAAAAAACUAGACAUUUACAUGCAAAGCUACUGUGAAUGAACUAGAAGAUGUACUGAUGUAACAGACUCUGAGAAAAAGUUGUCUCUAUAAUUAAUUGUGCAAAUGUUAUAUGUGAAAACAAAACUCAUUAAACAUUUGUAGGAUGCCCUGA